AUGUCAUUUACUUUCAUUUUAGACGUUGAUGGAACAUUGGCUUCUUCAAAGAGAAAUGCUGUGAGUGAAAUUGAUAAAAAAGUUAUUUUAGAAGAAAAAGAAAAAGGAAAUAGAAUUAUUAUUGCAACAGGAAGAUCAAUUCAUGAAACAAAACAUAUUUUAGAAGCAAUUCAAUUUAAUGAUAUUUUAAUAAGCUCUAAUGGAGCUCUUUCGCUUCAGGAUAAUAAGAUAUUAAAUUAUAUGCCAAUGAAUGCAUCACAAGCAAAAAUAAUUAUUCAAAUUUGUAAAGAACAAAACUUAAAUGCAUGUGUUGUUAGUUGUAUAAAAACAAACGAUAUGUUUAAAGAAUUAUUUUCAGAAAUUAAAGAGUAUCAACCAACAGAAGGAGAAGAAUUUUUAGAUAUUGUAUUAUAUGCUAAAAAUUCACAAGAAAAAGAACAAUGGAUAGAAUUACUUCAAAAAAAUGUUGGUAAUGAAUUAAUUGUUAAAAAUUCAGGAGAUGUUAUUAUUGAAGUUUUUAAUAAAGAUUUAAAUAAAGGAAUGACAUUACAAAGAUUAUAUGAAAUGAAUUUGCUUGGAGAAGGUAAAAGAAUUGUUUAUGUAGGAGAUUCAGAUAAUGACAUUCAAGCACUCCAAUUUGUUAGAAAGAUUGGUGGAAUUGCAGUUGCAAUGGGUAAUGCUUUUGAGAGAGUUAAAAAAGAAGCAACUUAUGUUACUACAGAUGUAGAUAAUAAUGGAGUUGCAAAUGCCAUUCAUUGGGUUUAUUCUUCAAAAAAAAUAAAUUGA